GGGUAAAUACCAUAGAGUGGUGUUUUAUACUUGAAAUCCCAAAGCUGAUGGUCAAAAACAUGUGGUCAGAGAAAACUGCUUUUUGCGUUUUGUUUUUUUCCUGAAUAAACAGAGCAUCGCCUGAGCUUUUUCCAAAAGGCAGGCAGGGAAUCCAAAGCUGAUCAUAAAAUAAAAUGAAAAAACAUAAUUCUAAAUGUUCAGUUGACUAAUUUGAAACUGUUUUAUUUAUCAUUAAAGUCAUCCCUUCUGUAAUUAGAUACAUUUUACUCAUUUAUGACCUUUCUUGUUUCUUUAUCCAUCACCUCUGCAGCAAGUCAUACAAUUUAUAGUGUAAUAUUUUAUCUUUAUGAAUUUCGUGUCAAUAGCCCCAGAUUGAAGAUUUUACAGUUUUGCUUUUUUUUUGGUUGAAGUAGUACAAAAUGUCAAAAAUUAGAAGGAAGGUCACAGUGGAAAAUACCAAGACCAUAUCCGAUAGCACGUCCCGAAGACCCAGUGUGUUUGAAAGGCUUGGACCCAGCACUGGAAGUACUGCAGAGACACAGUGCCGUAACUGGCUGAAGACUGGCAACUGCCUCUAUGGGAACACAUGUAGAUUCGUACAUGGCCCUUCACCACGAGGUAAAGGCUAUAGCAGCAGUUAUAGAAGGUCACCAGAAAGGCCCACUGGGGAUCUUCGGGAAAGAAUGAAGAACAAACGUCAAGAGGUUGAAACUGAGCCACAGAAACGAAAUACAGAGGAAUCGUCUUCUCCUGUUAGGAAAGAAUCAUCAAGAGGAAGGCAUAGAGAGAAGGAAGACAUCAAAAUUACCAAGGAAAGGACUCCAGAAAGUGAAGAGGAAAAUGGAGACUGGGAAACAAAUAGAGAAGACUCUGAUAAUGGAGAUGUUAACUACGAUUAUGAUCAUGAGUUGUCUUUGGAAAUGAAGCGCCAAAAGAUUCAAAGAGAACUAAUGAAGCUGGAACAGGAAAACAUGGAGAAGCGAGAGGAAAUAGUCAUUAAGAAAGAGAUUUCUCCAGAGGUGGUUAGAUCUAAAUUAUCACCAUCGCCUUCACCAAGAAAGUCUAGUAAAUCUCCAAAGCGAAGAUCUAGUCCCAAAUCUUCCUCUUCAGCAAGUAAGAAAGAGAAGAAGGCUUCUACAGUGUCUUCACCGCUUUUGGACCAGCAGAGGGGUUCAAAAAACAACCAGAGUAAAAAGAAAGGGCCUCGUACUCCCAGUCCUCCCCCUCCAGUUCAAGAGGAAGCUCCCCUGGGAAAGAAACAUAAAGAAAAACAUAAAGCAAAAGAACGCUUAGAAGAAAAAUCAAGAGAGGGAAAAGAAAGAGGACGUGAUUUUGAAAGGCACAAGGAGAAAAAAGAGAAGCAGAGGGAUCCUUCUGAAGGCUCCCAUAGACAGAAGCGUUCUCCUAGUCCUGCAGAUCAUUCUGGCAGCAAUUCCUCCCCUUCCAGAGAGUAUUCACCGCCUGCUGCAAGGCGAAGACAGGCCUCCCGAGCUCCAGCCAAGUCAACCACUCACAAACAUAAUUUUUCACCCUCUCGCAGGUCUGCUUCCCCAUCGGGUCAACAUCAUUCUCCCAUAUCCUCUCGACAUCAUUCUUCUUCAUCGCAGUCAGGCUCCUCUGUUCAAAGACACUCCCCUUCUCCACACCGCAAAAGAACUCCUUCUCCAUCCUACCAAAGGACAGCUUCCCCACCAGUGAGGCGUUCGUCCUCUCCUUAUCCCCCACAUUCUUCCUCUUCUCCUCAGAGGAAGCGAAGUCCUUCGAGGCAUCGAUCUCCUGGGAGAGAAAAGGGAAGGCAUGAUCGUGACCGAACUUCACAAUCGCGUGAUAGACGCCAUGAAAGGAGAGAUGAACCUAGAGGAAAAAGAGAAAAAGACAGAGAAACCAGAGAGGAACGAGAUUAUGAUCAAGAGCAGAGUACCUCCAGAGAUCACAGAGAUGACCGAGAAUCUCGUGAUGGAAGGGAUCGUAGGGAAACCAGAGAUAACAGAGACCGCAGGGAGCCAAGGGAAUCCAGAGACGCUCGAGAUACCAGGGAUACCCGGGAUUACAGCAGAGAUAACAAAGAUGGCCGUGAUCAGAGAGAUUCACGUUCUACACGUGAUACCCACGACUACAGAGACCGAGAAAGUCGUGAUGCCCAUAAAAAGGACGAUCAGUACCAGGAGGAUUCACGCAGUUAUGGAAGAUCUCAUGGCAGAGAAGACAGUUCCCGUUCUGAAACAAGGAAUGACUCUAGAAAUGAAUCUAGAAAUGAAAGCCGAAGUGAUCGGACUGGCAGAAGUAGAGGCAGAGGUCCAGAAUUAUCUGACAAGGGAAGUCGGGGAGCAAGAGGGUCUCAAGUUGACAGUCAUAGCAGUAGUAGCAAUUACCAUGACAGCUGGGAAUUGCGAAGUGGCUACCCUGACCGGGAUCGCUAUGACAAUCGAGAGCAAGCAAGAGAUUCAUCCUUUGAAAGAAGACAUGGAGAAAGAGAUAGGCGUGACAACCGAGAGAGAGAUCAAAGACCAAGCUCACCAGUCCGGCACCAAGGAAGAAGUGAUGACAUUGAACGUGAUGAUAGGAGAGAGGAGCGAAGGGUAGACCGGACUGAUGAUAGGAGAGAUGAAAGGGCAAGGGAACGAGAGCGAGAGAGAGAGAGGGAUCGGGAGAGGGAAAGAGAAAGAGACCGGGAGCGGGAGAGAGAAAAGGAAAGAGAAUUAGAACGAGAUCGUGCCCGGGAAAGGGAGAGAGAGCGUGAGCGGGACAAAGACAGAGAACGUGAACGUGACCGUGACAGAGAUCGAGACCAUGACAGAGAAAGGGAACGAGAAAGAGAAAGGGAGCGAGAAAAAGAACGGGAGCGCGAGAGGGAAGAACGGGAAAGGGAGCGAGAAAGAGAGAGAGAAAGAGAGCGAGAACGGGAGAGAGGCCGGGACAGGGAUAAGGAAAGAGAACGUCAGAGAGACUGGGAGGACAAAGAAAAAGCAAGGGAAGACCGCAGGGAUAAAAGAGAGGAUGUCCGAGAAGAGAGAGGUACAAGGGAUGUCCACGAAGAGAGGAAAUCUAAGAAGCGUCACAGAAAUGAAAGUAGCCCAAGUCCUCGUCAGUCACCCAAACGCCGCCGUGAACAUUCUCCUGAUAGCGAUGCCUACAACAGUGGAGAUGAUAAAAAUGAGAAGCACAGACUGCUGAGCCAGGUGGUACGACCACAAGAAUCCCGAUCACUGAGCCCCUCUCACCUUACAGAAGACAGACAGAGUCGGUGGAAAGAAGAAGAAAGAAAGUCUGAGAGAAAAGAAAGUUCCCGACGUUAUGAAGAACCGGAGUUUAAAGAGAGAGUUUCUUCAGGAGACAAACAGAGAGAGCAAAGAGAGCAAACAGAAGUCACAGAAAGUUCAAGGGCCAGGGUCCAAGAAAACUUAGGACAUCGCCCUUCUGAAGAACGAGAUGCAUCUGACCGAAUGCAUGAAGAGAACAAAAAGAAGUCUAAAGUACAGAAGAAGACCACAAAGAAAAAGAAAGAUGAUGAUAAUGGUGUGGAAAGGUACAGUGAGCCAACAGCAGAGGAAAGCCAGGUCUUUUCACCCAAGAAGGGUCAAAAGAAGAAAAAUGUUGAGAAAAAGCGGAAGAGGUCCAAAGGUGAUUCUGACGUGUCUGAUGAAGACAGUGUUCCAUACCAUAAGAAGAAAAAAGGUCCAAGAACACCCCCUGUAACAACAAAAGAGGAAAUGGCUGAAGCAGCUCCUGAGAAAGCUGUAACAGGAGAAACUGCCCCAAAAAGAGAAGAGACAACAUUUAGCGAUUGGUCUGAUGAAGAUGUUCCAGAACGUGGUGAAAUCAUUGUUCCUGAAAGAAGCACUGAGGAAUUGCACAGAAAAAGCCACAGAAUAAGAGGAGAAAAGGUAGAAACUCCUCAUGUUACCAUAGAAGAUGCACCUCACCGCAAGCCUGUGGAUCAGAAACGCAGCAGUAGUCUUGGUAGCAAUCGGAGCCAUACCUCAAGUAGACUGCGAUCACCAUCCAAUGAAUCUGCUCAUCGCAGUGGAGAUGACCAGACAGGGCGGAAAAGGGUCCUACAUAGCAACUCUCGGGACAGGGACAGAGAGAGAGAGAAAAAAAGCUUAGAAAUCACUGGGGAACGAAAGUCCAGGAUUGAUCAGUUGAAACGAGGGGAACCCAGUCGCAGCACAUCUUCAGAUCGUCAAGAUUCAAGAAGUCACAGUUCAAGAAGAAGUUCUCCCGAAUCGGAUCGGCAGGUCCAUUCUAGAUCUGGGUCCUUUGAUAGCAGGGAGAGGCUUCAGGAUCGAGAUCGCCACGAGCAUGAUCGUGAACGAGAAAGAGAAAGGAGAGAUGGAAGGCAGAGAGAAUGGGACAGAGAUGUAGAUAAAGAUUGGCCACGGAACAGGGACCGUGAUAGAAUCAGGGAGCGUGAAAGAGAGAGGGAAAAAAGGAGAGAGAUGGAGAGAGAGCGCGAGAGGCAGCUUCCUGAUACUACAGAAAGAGACAGAGACAGAACUCUUGACAUUUCAUCUCAGAAAGAGUCAACAAAACACAGUGAACCCAAACUGGACAGAGAUCAUGAAAAGGAGUUUGAUGGGGCUUGCCGGGACACUGCAACUUCAGAGAAGGAAAGGACAGAAAAAGACUUGGGCACUUUACAAGGAUUUGAAGAUGGAAAUGAGGCUGAAAAAGGAGAGAGUGUAGAAGAAGAAGAUGAAACCAAGAUAGAUGACGUGCAGUCACUGGUAUCUGGUGCUGGAGAAUACGAACCAAUCAGUGAUGAUGAACUGGAUGAAAUCCUGGCAGGGGACGCUGAAAAGAGGGAGGAUCAACAGGAGGAUGAGAAGAUGCCUGAUCCUGUGGAUGUAAUAGAUGUGGAUUGGUCAAGUCUUAUGCCAAAGCAGCUGAAAGAACCACGGGAGCCUGGCGCUGCACUCUUAAAAUUCACACCAGGUGCUGUGAUGUUGAGAGUUGGCAUUUCAAAACGAUUGGCAGGCCCUGAACUCUUCACCAAAAUUAAAGAAACCUGCCAGAGAGCAUUAGAAAAACCUAAAGAUACAGAAAAUCUUUUUGAACAUGAACUUGGGGCCUUGAAUAUGGCUGCACUAGUACGGAAAGAAGAAAGAGCAGGUCUUCUUAGUAACCUUGGUCCUUGCUGUAAAGCACUGUGCUUUAGAAGAGAUUCUGCAAUUCGCAGGCAGCUUGUGAAGAAUGAAAAGGGUACAACAAAGCAAACCUACACAAAUCCUCCAGUGAUGGACAGUGACUUGUUAAGGUUGAGUCUACGGUUAUUUAAACGCAAGACUGUGUGCCAAGGUCCAGGGCAAGAAAAAACAGAAGAGAGUAAACUUCCACAACCAAAUAUCCAGCAAGAAGUAUGUGUGUCUUAAGCCUGUGACCAUAGUGGCAUUCUCUCUGAUUGAUCUCCCACCAGUAAUUCUGCUCUUGAUAUUGGGAACCUUUUGGUUUAGGAAGAAGCUGUAAAAGAUGGAGGAAAAGACUCUUCUUACACAUUCUUAUGUGUCUGGGAAUAAAUAAUUAGCAGUAAAAGUACAAAGACCUCUGUUUGUAGUUCACUGCAAAUUUUAUAUCAUUGAAACCUUACACUGUAACAUAAAUCAAUUUUAUGGUGCAACAAGUGUAAUAAUGUGAUGAUGUCUGGUUUUAGCAGUCUAUUACAUUGCCUGAUAUUAAACUAAAGAAAACUGUUUUUGUAUCUUCCCUGUAUUCUGAAAAAUAUUUGUUCAUGGACCAUUAAUUUAUAUAAUGUUAUAAACAUACUGAUUUCACUUGAAAAUUAUCAACAUCAACUCUGAAAUGUUGCUAGCCAACUCUGUAAAAUGUCAGCGCAAAGUAUUUUUAGAAUCCUUUCUUAGUACACAGGCAUCCAGUUCUAUUACAAAAAGGCAAAACGAUUUUUACAACAUAACUCUUAGAAUGCUUUUUAGAGAAUCGUUUUUUUAAAGAACAUGAGUAUCUUUGUCAGCUUGUAAAUA